CAGCAGGUUGAGUUUGUCAAGGGUGCAGUGAGCAUGGAGACGCUUCCGCCGGACGAGCUGCCAGAGGCUUGCUUUGCUGGAAGAUCUAACGUCGGGAAAUCUUCUUUGGUGAACAUGAUAUGCAACAGGAAGAAAUUGGCCUUUACAAGCAAGACUCCUGGAAAGACUCAGAGCAGGGAACCGCACAUUCGAAGGCACGGACCUGUCCACCUCUUUGCUAGUCUCAACUCUCUGUUGCUGCUCAGGUUUCACUUGGUGGACCUGCCCGGUGUGGGGUAUGCAGAGGUGCCAAAGGCCAAGAAAGUGGAAUGGUUGCGGUUCUACAGGGAUUACCUUUCCCACAGAAAGUCUUUGAGGAUUUUCUUCCAGCUCGUCGACGGCCGCCACGGCCCCCUCCAAGACGACGUGGAGCUCAUGAAACUGUUUGCUGAGUCCUCCAGCAAGAAUCCGAACCAAGUCGCUCACGCCAUCGUAAUCACCAAGAUGGACAAGACCCUCUCCGCCAAGGUACUCGCGCUCUUCCUCUUGCUUCCUGCACUCCCUGACUCGGCUGGUCAGGCACAGGAGGGUGUGAUGGACAAAGUGAGGAGGACGCUGAGCGAGGCCGGCUGCGACGAGGAGACUCCGGUGUUGCUCACUAGCUCAGCAAGCAAACUUGGGAGAGGAGACGUGUGGAACUACUUGCAGCUUGCGCUUCAAGAUGGGAUUGAGGUGCCCUGCAUCCUCUACACAAAGACAAAGUUCGAUUGA